AUGGCCCGGCUGCUACACAUCGCCUGCAUCCUGGUCUGCUGCCCUGCGCUGCUGCAGGGAAAAGCUUCAGAGUACCAGCUGGAGUCAGAGAGCCAAUGUGAGUUGCUAAGGGGCGUGGCUGUUGCCAAGCAACAAGGGGACAUCCCUCACUGCACGCACGAUGGCAGGUUCAGACCUGUGCAGUGCAACGGGCGGGGUGACGAGUGUUGGUGUGUUGAUGCUGGCGGUCAGGAAGUCGUCGGGACUCGAACCAACAGCUCUGCUCCUCACUGUGCGUCUCCCUGCCAGCUGCAGUCGGAGCUGCGCUGUUCCCCUUCGGGCCAGUUUGAGUCCGUUCAGUGUGAGUCCAGCAGGGGUCAGUGUUGGUGUGUGGACCAGGACGGCAUGGAGCUCUACGGAACCAGACAGACCGGGACACCUCACCACUGUCCUGGCAGCUGUGAGGUGAGGUGGAGGCGACUCCUGCACGGCGCCGAGUCUCUGUCUCCUCCUCAGUGUGAUGAAGAUGGCAGCUUCCUGCCGGUUCAGUGCAAAUUCAUCAACACGACGGACCGGACAGAACUGGACCUGCUGAGCGCCUUCAACAGAUUCCCAGAAGCCUUUGAGACGUUCAGCAGCUUCAGGAAGUUUUUUCAGAUGGUUUCCUCCUUCUGCUUCUGUUCAGACAGCCGAGGCAGAGAGCUGAAGGACACAGGUGUGGAGCUCCUACUGUCUGAGGUGUACGACUCGGCGUUCUCUGGUCUUCGGUCUGGCCGUUCCUUUUCUCAGACAAACAUCUACAGAGUCCUGCAGAGGAGGAUGCUGGGAGUUCGCCUUGCCCUCACCGGACACUUCAGAUGUCCCUCUCCCUGUGAGGAAGAGCAGCGGGCAGCGAUGGAGGCGUCCAGUGUUGGCAUCCCGUCCUGCGAGACCGGAGGAUCCUUCAGCCCCAGACAGUGUCAGCAGGGGGGGCAGUGCUGGUGUGUCGACCCCACAGGGAGGGAGCUUCCUGGGACACGACAGUACGGAGACUCCCUGGUCUGCAGUUCAGGUUUGGCUGACUGUCCCUUUCAGCGCCGUCUGGCUCUGUCCCGGCUCUUCUCUGGUCCUGUUGAUCCUUCUCGCCGGCCUUCCUCGGGCACAUCUCCGGCCUCGUGUCUCCCCCUCCUCCGUCCUCUCGAGGAUCUGCUGCCGGCGGAAGUGGACCCAUCCUCCUUCCUGUCUCGCCUGGUCCAAGUCCUCGGCGGUCUCUUCCCCUCGGUGGGCGGAGCUCUGCAGGCUCUGGCUCGCUCCUCGCCCCAGCGCCUUCAGGAGAAUCUGUUCGGAGGGAAGUUCCUGAAGAGCGCCGCCUCCUUUAACUUCAGCGGAGCGGUGGGAGCUCGAGGAGCCCUCGGCCUGGACCGGCUCUCCUCUCAGAGUGUCGCUGUUGUCCUCCAGAAGAACCGGGACCUGGUCCGGUACGUCAGUGCCGCUCUGGAGGAUCCCGCUUUCCUCUCCGCCCUCCAAAACACACUGAGCGGCCGAUCACAGUCUUCCUCCUUGGAACAGGUUCUUACUCCUUUGCUUCGUUCCUGCUCUAAAGACAAAGACGAGGACGCAUCGGCCAUCUUUGUUCCGAGCUGCACCCUCAGCGGCGGUUUCCAGGAGGUCCAGUGUCGCGGCGGAGAGUGCUGGUGCGUUGACCCUCAGGGUCAGGAGGUGGCCGGGUUGCGUACCGCUGGCACUCGGCCCCGAUGUCCGUCUCGCUGCGAGAGAGCGCGAGUGAUGGCGCUGAAGGUGAAAGGAAACCUGGCAGCCGGCGCCGAGAUCCACAUCCCAGCGUGCUCUGAGGAUGGAGACUUCCUGCCGCUGCAGUGUGUCGGCGCACGCUGCUUCUGUGUGGACGCAGACGGGAAAACAACGACUGCCGGCUCAACAGGCGGUGCCGUCUCCUGUCCAAAGAGAACGACACAGAAGUUUCGGUCGUCUGCAGGUCGCUGCUCUCAGGCGUUGGAUGAGGUCACGGCGUUCAGACAGGAAGUGAAGAGCGUCAUCGCUCUCUCUAACUCCUCCCACCUCCCUCUGGGAUACGGAUUCCUUCUGGCCGAAGGUCUGCGUCUGACGCCGGAGGAGCUCCAGGUCAGCCAAUCGGAGGAGGCGCUGCGGAUCUCCGACAGGCUGCUGAGCCGCUCAAACGCUGCUCUGCGAUUGGCUGCUUUCUCCAGUGAGUGACAGUUUGAUGAGUCCGUCCAGAUGUUCCUGCCUCCUCAGCGUCGGUCGUACCAGCUGUUCACUCCACAGUGUGAUGCUGACGGACACUGGCUGCACACACAGUGUUACCACAGCACAGGUCAGUGUUGGUGUGUCGAUGAAGAUGGAGAGUAUAUUCCUGACUCUCUGACCAGCUCCUCACUCCGCCUGCCCAAAUGUCUGACUCGCUGUCAGAGAGCUCAGGCUCGCACUCUGCUCUCUGGUUGGAUGAAAGGAUCUGACAUCACCAGCACUUCAUCUUACAGCGCAAAAUGUGACGAGGACGGUGGUUUCUCGGUGCUGCAGACAGGAAAUGCUGCAGGCUGGUGUGUGAACCGCGUGACCGGGGAGACGAUUCAGACGGCAACAACGAACCCCGCAGGACAGCUGACAUGUCCCAGCUGGUGUGAGCUGCAGGGUUCCCAGUGUCGCCCCGACGGCUCCUUUAUCCUUAUGCAGUGUGAUGUCACUUCCUGUUGGUGUGUCUCCGAGGUCGGGCAGGAAGUGGGCGGGACCCAGACGCUUCGACAGACAGGGCGUGCCCCGUCAUGUGACCGUCCUCUCUGUCCCGACUCCGCCGUUACCCAUGGUGCACUGGUGUGCCGCCCGGCAGCUGACGGUCUGCAAAGCUGUGACCUCGUCUGUCAGCGUGGCUACCAGAACUCACUUCCUGUCGGCAGCUUCCUGUGCGAUAUUGAGAGUCGUCGAUGGGACGGAGACAUCAAACCGCUGAGUGGAGCCUGUCAGACUCUGGGUGUUGUCGGCCUCCUGCUCUCAGAUCAGCAGUCUACCGUCUCUGUUGUUCACCACGAUGACCAGCAGGGGGCUCUGCUCUGGACAGGUGAGCACUCAACUCACCUGUACCUGGGACACCUUCUGCUGCUGCUGUGCUGUUGUGACGGCGACGACGCGCUGACGUUAACCAUCACAUGGAGCUCCGACCUGUCUGACCUCCCGACCUCUGACCUGUCUGACCUCCACGACAUCGGUGUGUUUCUGAAUGAGUCCAGACUUCUGGAGGGAGUCCGGGGCCUUCUGAGUAAUAUCCGAUCCAUGCUUACGUCAGAACCCAAACUGGUUUCCGUGACAACACCGAUCUUCGGCUGUUCCCGUGGUCACCGCCUGGCCAGUGACGGCGAAGGCUGCGUCGUCUGUCCCGCCGGGAGUUACUCCAGAGAGGGGGCGUGUCUCCUCUGUCCUCAGGGAACCUAUCAGGACGAAGAGGGGCGGGACUUCUGCGACAGGUGUCCCGGAGGCUCCUCACCUGCUGGAGCGUCAUCUGUCAAUCAAUGUGUGACAGACUGUCAGAGGCGGGGCCUUCGGUGUUCGGAGCGAGGUGACUUCCUGUCAGCGCAGCCUGACUUCCUGUCUGGCAGGUGGAGGUGUGUCAGCAGUGAGGGGGCGGAGCUUGAGUGGACCAACAGUGACACGCCCCUGACCGAUGACGAGUGCUCAGUUCUAAGCAGGUUUCAGGCUGUACCUGGAUCAGAUCUGAUUGUCGGAGCUGAAGACACUGAAGUCCUGCAAACAAUGACCUCUGACCUCAUAUCCUGUGUCCAAGCGUGUGCAGUGGAGCUGUCCUGCCACCAUGUGGCGGUGUUCAACAGACAGACUCAGUGUGAACUGUACAGCACACACACUCUGAACACACACUGCAACACCUCCCAGCAGACCAGUGGGUUUCUGGGUAAUCCUCAGGCAGAGCUCUUUGAUUGGCUGAGCUGUUCUCUGAGCGUGAGGGGCGGGGCUUCAGAUCUCCUGGUCAUCAGGAAGAAAGGUGAGGCCUUCUCCUCCUGGCGGCAGCAGCAGCAGAGCUUUGAGAGGAUGAGGAUGAUGAAGGUGCUCUCAGGUGUGUUCAGGACUCAGGUGUUCUCCUCCAGACGGACCUCUCUCUCUGACGCUCAUCGUUUCUGUCAGGAUGGCUGCAGCCGUGACGCCUGCUGCAACGGAUUCAUCCUCAACCAGAACGUCCUCAACGGAGGCUCUCUGCUCUGUGGUUGGCUGAGAGCUCCGCCGGUGUUGAUGUGCGGGGACCAGGACUGGGAUGUGAUUGGACAGGGAGCGGCCAGUCGUAUCUGUGGGGCGGGGCUAACCUACAACGAGCAGCAGAGGAGCUUUGUGUUUGACUUCGGAGGACAAAAGUUCACCAUCACCGAUUCGUCUCUGCCGGCCGACAGUAAGAACAAGAAGGACUACCAGGCCUCCAUCAUCAGCUUCCAGGCCAUCUACCUCAACUCUGAUGCUGAGUCAGCAGCUGGUGGUUCUGGUUCCUCUUCCUGUACAGCAGCAGAACUCACUGCUCCUCUGGACGUGUCAGUGCAGCUGAAGUUUGAGUCUCUGUCGGAGGACGAGGUCCUCGUGGAUCCAAAGCAAAAACUCCCCACGCUCUCCUUCUGGCUCAGCAAGAACAACUACAACUCCCAGCAGGCACUGCUCUGGUGUCUCACACGCUGUGACGUGGAGCAGCUGUGCUCCGUCGCUGACCUCCGAGAUGGUGACUCAGCAGUUUUCUUCAGCUGCUCCUUGUAUUCAGACAGCAGAGUUUGUGGCGCGUACGACAAACCUCUGAGACGACCCUGCCGCCCCCUGCUGGACAGAGCGCCCAACAACACCUACAGCAAGAAGGUGGAUCUGUCCGGACCGGUGAAGAGUUUCUAUGAGAGAGUUUCAUUCCAGAAGAUGGUUUCUUACUCAGUUCGCAGCCGAGUCAGCCUGAGAGAAAACACACCGCUGUCUAAAGGGUUCAUGGAGUGUGAGCGGCGCUGUGACGAGGAUCCUUGUUGCCGCGGAAUCGGCUUCGUCCGGGACACCAAAUCACCAGGUGGCUCAGACGUGGUGUGUCUGUCUCUGAUCAGUCUCGGGGUUCAGACCUGCGGUGAGGACGACGCGACCACCUGGAGGACUCAGGACUGCAGCCCGUCUGCAGUAAAGACCACUCCGGACCCCUUUGGCUGGUACCAGAAACCUGUGAACCAGUGGAGUUCUUCUCCGGCUCUCUGUCCUCCGUUCAGCCUGCCAGCAACCACAAACAACGUGUCUCUGGACUUGUGGCGUCUCCUCUCUGACUCAUCGGUCCUCGUCGACCCGUCCGUCUCUACGUACGAUGUCAUCCACGUGAGCCGUGACAUCGCCUCUGACCGGAACCAGACCAGGGACUGGUGUCUCCAUGCCUGUCAGGAGGCGGAGUCUUGCGUGGCCGUGUCACUCGGUGAGACGGCGUCCGCCACUCGCUGCGUCCUCUACCCCGACACCACGGCGUGCGGGUUAAGCUCCGCCCCCAGCUCCUCCAGCCCCGCCUCUUCCUGCCGGCUGAUCAUCAGAGAGCCCGCCCCCCAGGUGUACCUGAGGACCGGUGAGCCAAUCACACGGUUGCCAUCGGUUACGUCUGUCUCCAUCCCUGGUCAUGGCACCCUGCAGGGCGUUGCCGUGGAAACGCUGCUGGGCUCAGACAGGAGGACGGUCAUUCAGUUUCUGGGAGUCCCGUACGCCCGUCCACCAAUAGGAUCGCUUCGCUUUGAAGCAGCUCAGGAGGCAGAUUGGACGGGAACUUGGGACGCCACCAAACCCCGUCCCAGUUGUAUCCAGCCAGGUGAUGAAGACUCUGCAGCCUCCAGUGAAGACUGUCUCUACCUCAACAUCUUCACUCCUGUUGCUCUGAGGGGGCGUGUCCCAGCCCUGGUGUUCUUCUUCAACCCUUCGGCCAAUCAGAACCCAGGACUGUUGGAUGGCUCCACCCUCGCUGCUGUAGGUAAUAUCGUCGUGGUAACGGCCAGCUACAGAACGGCGGCGCUGGGAUUCCUGAGCACCGGUUCCUCUGGUCUCCGUGGUGACUACGGGCUGUCGGACCAGAAGGCGGUGCUCCGUUGGGUUAACGCCUACAUCUCUACGGUGGGCGGAGACAACAUGAGAGUGACAGUCGGAUCGGAGAGACGUGGCGCUGACAUCAGCAGCCUUCUUCUCCUCUCUUCCUCCUCCUCUUCCUCUCGUCCGCUGUUCCAGCGCAUGAUGCUGAUGGGCGGCUCUGUGUUUUCUCCGUCGCUGCUCCAGACUCCCUCCACCUCCCGACGCCAGGCGCUCGACUUGGCCAUAGAGCUCGGCUGCGUGACCUCUGACCUCACCGACGACGACGACAAGAUGGCCGCCUGCCUCAGAGCGACGCCUGCUCACACGCUCAACGCGGCUCAGACCAAAUUGUUGGCGGUCAGUGGUCCCUUCCAGUCCUGGUCUCCGGUCCGUCAGUCCGUCUCCGAGCCGUCUCUCCACCGAGUCGACCUGCUGCUGGGAACAUCUGCACACGACGGUCUGAUCAGCCGCGCCCGCAGGAUAAAGGACUUUGAGGCUCUGCGCGGUCGAGCUGACGGUAAGACGGCGUUUUACGAGGCUCUGAGUCGCUCGCUGGGCGGAGCGACAGGAAAUGAGCUGCUGAAGGAAGCGGCGGCCUGGUUCUACUCUCUGGAUCACAGCCCCUCGCCGGCCGGAUACAACCUCUUCUCCAGAGCGCUCAACAACGCCACCAGAGAUCUGUUCAUCAUCUGUCCCAUUCUGCAGAUGGCUAGCCACUGGGCUAACAGCAAAGCUAACGUCUUCCUGUACCACCAACCUGCCACCAGCUCUUACAACAGGGCCGAUGUGUCUGUUCCUCUGGACGUUCAGUUUGUGUUUGGGACGCCUCAUCAUCCAAUGAGCUCUCAGCGUUUCACUUCCUCUGACCGACGCCUCUCUGUGGCCGCGAUGACCUACGUCUCCAGCUUCAUCAGGACCGGGAACCCAAACCCGUCCCGUGUGUGGGCGGAGUCAGUCCUGCCCCGCUGGCAGCAGGUGCUGUCCUCUGAAGCCCCGCCCAUCUACCUGGAGCUAAGCCCCGCCCUCCGACAUCGACAGGGUCUGAGUCUGAGCUCCUGCUCCUUCUGGAGCACACUGGGAACCAGACUGACCCGUCUGAGUGGUGAGUCAGGGGCGGAGCCUGUCCAGACUGCGUUGUCCCCUGAGCUCCCAUUGGCUGCACCAUCCAGCCAAUCACAGACUGAGAAAGACGCCUACAGCUAAACUAAUGACAUCAUCAUGUCCUCGUGACAUCACAGUUUCCUGCCUCCAG